UUUGGUUGUAUUGUACCUAACAGCCAUUUAGCCCCACUGUGCUGUUUGUCUGUCUGUUGCUGUCUGUGUGUCUGUUAACGGGGAUAACGUUGACCUGGAAACUCUGGGAAUAUCACAUCCAGUCAUGGAAUACCGGGGAUUAGUUUCGUUAUCAUCCAGGCCCGACAACUGACUCCAAAAUGUCGGUGUUUCCCGCUGCUUUCCAGUUUUCUCCGGGAUGUGACCGUGUGAUGGCUGCGGUCCAGUGAACUGGGAGCACGUUGACUGGUCUUUUGCCUGUUCAAUCCACCAGUUUGGGAGCUUGUCUUUAACUGUUUUUACUGGGAUUAUCGGAACCUAUGGAGUGUACAUGAACGUUGGUCGGAUAGGGAUUUCAAACGGGCAGGCGAUGUGGGAUGCAGGGAGGAGGCGCGGGGUCCAGCCCUGAGGAGGCGUCCUGCGGCUGGGAGGAGCGCGGCCCUCCUCUGGCCCUCCUGCGGCGCUCCGGGACGCUCCUACUAAGAUGUCCCUCAGCAGCGGCCCUGCAGGCGGGAAAGGUGUGGACUCCAACGCGGUGGACACGUAUGACAGCGGCGAUGAGUGGGAUAUCGGUGUUGGCAAUCUGAUCAUUGACCUGGACGCCGACUUGGAGAAGGACAAACUAGAGAUGUCGAGCAGUAAGGAGGGAGGGGGCAUGGCCGCCCCUCCCAGCGCUGUGGCUGCUUUACCUGACAAUAUCAAGUUUGUUAGUCCUGUAGCCGCCACGCAGGGCAAAGAGAGCAAAUCUAAAUCCAAACGUAGUAAAAACUCUAAGGAGAGCGUUAAGGCCCCAGUCUCAGAUGGAGCUAAGAAGGAGGUUCAGGGUCGGGCCCCCGGGGACCCGCCACCCCAAAACCCCAACUCUACCCCCACUAAAGGAACUGACAAGUCCAGUAAACCCUCCCGUACCCUCCCCGCUGUGAAAAAGGACAAGGAUGGGGUGUCUGGGAAAACUAAGAAGGAGAAAAUGGAGGUUGUGGCCACAGGAGUGGUCAACACUGAGAAAGAGGCUGUGGCCCCCAUCCUGCCGCUGGGGGCCCCACGCAGCGGCCCUUUCGAGGGCCAGCAAAACCCAGAGUUAGCUGCAGCCGAGCAGCUUGGGAAUAUGGCACUGGACUCGGCAGGGAUUGGCCAGCCUGUUGCCAUGACAACAGAGCAAGAGGAGGUGGACAACGGUGAAUGCCGGAAUCUGAAGAAAGUGGUCGGUGUGAAGAUGGAGUCUCCGGUCUCCACCCCUGCUCCUCCUCCUCUCCACCUCCUCGCUUCCAUCGCCAACAGCGACAUCUCGUCCCCCUGUGAGCAGAUCAUGGUUCGCACGCGCUCAGUAGCUGUGAACACAGCGGAUGCGGCACUUGCAACGGAGCCGGAGUGUCUGGGACCCUGUGAGCCAGGCACCAGCGUCAACUUGGAGGGCAUCGUGUGGCAGGAGACUGAAGACGGCAUGCUGGUUGUUAACGUCACCUGGAGGAACAAGACGUACGUGGGGACGCUGCUGGACUGUACGAGACAUGACUGGGCUCCUCCAAGGUUCUGUGAGUCUCCUACCAGUGAUGUGGAAAUGCGGAGCGGUCGCGGUCGGGGAAAGAGGAUGCGUCCCAGCAGCAACACGCCAUUGAACGACAACAGCAACUCCUCAGACAACAAAGGCAGCGGCAGCAGCAAGACGCGUGGCGCUGCAGCCAACAGCAAAGGGCGAAGAGGCAGCCAGACGGCCGGCGGUGCAGAGGACGCCAAGGCCAGCCCGUCCUCCGCCAAGAGGAAGACCAAACCUGCCUCAGAUAUGGAGCCCACCUCCAGCUCGGAGGAUACCAAGGCUUCAAAGCGAAUGAGAACCAACUCCACCGGCGCCGCACUCCCUCUCCCUGGAGGGAAAUCGGACCCCCUUCCCCCGCCACAGCUGGACAGGACCUGCCCCUCCCCCGUACUCAUCGACUGCCCUCACCCCAACUGCAACAAGAAGUACAAGCACAUCAACGGGCUGAAGUACCACCAGGCUCGAGCCCAUAACGACCACGAUGUCCGAUUGGACCAGGAUGGAGACAGUGAAUAUGGAGAUGACCCCGCCCUCCACCCUGACCCCGCCUCCUGCAAUGGAGCCGCCAUCUCGCCUGCCCGCUCCACUACACCAAAAGGACGAGGCUUUGACGCCCCGUCCCCCUCACCGGGUAAACUGUCAAAGGGGAAGAAGAAGGCGGGAGAGGCUGAGCCUGAAGUGACGGACGGUGGCGAGGAGGCAGCGUGUUUGACAGACGAGGCCAGCAACGACGGGAUGGACGACAGGAAGGCCAAGAAAAUGGCAGCCGGUGGCAAACCUGAUAAACUGACACAGAAAGGCUUGAAGCAGGGUCGUCCUGCUGCCCCUGCUGCCCCCAACGCCCCCUCACCCUACGCCCUGCAGGCGUCCUCCCCUGCUCUGGGCUCAGUGGUACAGCCCAUCCCCAAGAGCCCGCAGCUGAAGAACAUCCAGCCAAAACCACCUCCGCUGGCCGACCCCGCCUCCAGCCCCACCCUCGCCAAGGACAAGAAGAAGAAGGACAAGAAGAAGAGGGAGGGAGGGAAGGAAGGGGACAGUCCGAAGGGUAAGGGGGGGAGGCCAGAGGAGGGGAAGAGCCCGUACUCGGACACGUCUGACGCUUUGCUCAACGGCUCCACAGAAGCUCAUCAGAGCCGGCUGGCCAGCAUCAAGGCCGAGGCCGACAAGGUGUACAGCUUCUCAGACAACGCGCCCAGCCCGUCCAUCGGCGUGGCCAGCAGGAUGGAGGCUGGUCUCGGGCCUCAUCUCAACCAGAACGGAGCCGACAACGCCUCCGUCAAAACCAGCAGCCCCGCCUACUCCGACAUCUCUGAUGCCGGAGAGGAUGCUGAGGGGAAGGCGGAGGGGCUGAAGGUCAAAACAGAGCCUGAGCAGGCGGCUCGCGAAGGGGCCAAGAAGGCGCUGUUCCCCCCGCAGGCUCCCAGCAAGGAAUCACCGUACUACCCCAACUAUGACUCCUACUACUCUCCCAGCUACCCCAACCCCAGCCCGGGAGCAGCACCUGCAGCGCCGCCUCAUGUAGAAGGAGCUCAGGUGAAAGUGAAGAAGGAGGAGGAGCCAGAGGUGGGGGAGGAGGUCAAACUGAAGGUGGAGUCUCAGGAGGAGAGGAAGGCAGAGCCAGGCCCUCAGCAGCCAUCAGUCAUCCAGCAGCGCUCCAACAUGUACACCCAGCCUCUGUACUACAACCAGUACUACGUCCCCCCCUACUCCUACUCACCUGACCAGGCUUACCAUGCCCACCUGCUGGCCUCUAACCCCGCCUACCGCCAGCAGUACGAGGAGAGGCAGCGGCAGGCCGACAAGAAGGCCGAGGGUAAAGAGCGGGAGAGUGGGAAAGAGGAGUGGAAGCAGAAAGCCUCAGUGCCCCCCACCCUGUCCAGAGCCCCCAGCCUCACCGACCUGGGCGCCAAGGGGGGGCUGAACCCGACCAAGCCCAAAGAGCCGCCGCCAGCUGCAGAACAGACCAAGUCAGUCAUCAUGGCGAAGGGAGAGGACCAAAAGGCCCCCACUGCCCAGCCUGAGGGUCUGAAGAUGAAGCUGAGUGAAGCAGGGCAUCAUGGGAAAGAGGAGGCAAAGUCAGGGGUGGAGUCAGGCAGGCCGGCAGGUGUAGAGCCCGCCAUGUGGUACAGACAGGAGCCAGACUCGCGCUUGUGGCCGUACGUCUAUCCCAACAAAUACUCCGAAGCUCCUAAACUGCAGGAGGAGGACAGGUGGAAGGAGGAGCGCGAGAGAGAGCGCGACAGGAAAGGGAAGGAGGAGAGGCCGCGGCCGAAGGAAGGCCUCCAGAAAGAGGAGGCGAAGGAGGGGGCGGAGGGCAGGACUCAGCUGCCUCCUGAGGAGCACCGUGGGGGAGGGAAGGAGGCGCGUCCCCCCCACAUGCAGUUCUCCUCCCCCCUGGCCCAGCACCAGGGCUACAUGCCCUACAUGCAUGGACCUUACGCCUACAGCCACGGCUAUGAGCCCAACCACCCCGGCUACAGAGGCAUGCCCUCGGUCAUGAUGCAGAACUACCCUGGCUCGUACCUGCCGGCCGGUUACUCCUUCCCCUCGUACGGAGGGAAGGUGGCAGCAGGAGAGGAGGGGGAGAAGCCCUCCAGGUCCAGUCCCACGGUGAAGCCGCCCAGCGAGGCCAAAGCUCUGGACCUGCUGCAGCAGCACGCCAGCCAGUACAAGAGCAAAUCCCCGUCCAUCCAAGACAACAAGACGCUGCACGACCGGGAGCGAGAGCGAGACAGGGAGCGGGAGAGAGAUCGGGAGCGAGACAGAGACCGGGAGAGAGAGGGCGACCGGCCGCGAUCCUCACCGUCCCAACGCAUGCUGCCGUCCCAUCAUCACCUGGGAUACCCGCUGCUGUCGGGACAGUACGACCUGUCCUACGCCUCAGGUCUCUCCUCCUCAGCCAUCGUCGCCAGUCAGCAAGCGUCCGCCCCGUCCAUGUACCCACCUGCACGGAGGUGAGAACGGCACACCUGAUUGGCUGACCUCCACCUGCCCCGGAGUCAUGUGACUGGAUCACAUGAGGAAGCAUUUCUGUUUCAACAUCAGUUCAAUGGUGUUUGUGUACGUUUGAUUUCUCCUCCUGGACGUCCAGCCGGCCGCUUCGCUCCUCGCUGGACUGCUGAGACUUCAGGAGGAUUACUGGUUCUACUGGUGCUACUGGUCCUGCUGGUUCCAGACGGUACCACGGUGCUCGGGUGGGGGGGCGGCAGAGGUUUUGGCUCAAGGACAAAGAGGACCUGGUGGGUGGAGACGUGUGAGAUGCUGCUGGGACGUACGGAGGAGCAGCCGUUGUUGUGGAGGUGGGCGGGUCGUCGGCAGCGGCGGGAGGGGGCGUUCAGAGUCACGUUGGCGUGCUGCUGCAGUUGAGAGCGCACGGGGCAGUCGCUUCCUGUCCGGCCGAGCCUUCAGUCGUCUCACAGGUUUUUUUUUUAAAUUUCUCCUCACAUUUCUGCGACGUCCUCCGACCCCCAGACUUUACCCGCCGUGACCUCUGACCUCUCUGAGGAGCUGCCACUCAGCCCUGGACUCUGCCUCCACCGGACGCCAUCACACUUUCACCUGGAAGUAUCUCAGCUUCACAGGAAAUUAAACAAAAAUACUGUGGACGGAGGAGGAUGGACCAAUCAGAGGGCAGCGUUGGGACUGAUGCUGCUUCCUCAGACUCCUCCUCCUCAGUGUGUAGCUGUACUGUACUCUGUGUAUGUGUGUGUGCGUGUGUGUGUGUGCGUGUGUAUGCGCGCGCGUGUGUGUGUGUGUGUGUGUGUGUGUAAAUACUGUACAGAGGAAUUAUUUUAAAGAGCCUGUUGGAUGCUGUUGGAUUUCCUACUCUUCUUUUUGUCUGGUAGCCUCUGCCUCUGUUUUUCUACUGUUGUUGAUCUGAUAUUAAACCUGUAGCUGGUGGAACGGCGCCCGA